AUGCCCCAGCACGAACAGCAACCGUCUAUAGUGUUACCACGUGCCGCAUGGAUGUGGAAACCCCGAUCAAAGAGAGUUAUCGAGCAUAAUCUUGGGGGUAUUGCGGCCUCCUUCUUGGGUGCGCGAAAUCUGGGUGCGCAGGAAUGGAAACGGCGUUACGUGUUUGUUGAAGGAAACACCAUCUGUUACGGAAAAAGUGUUGGCCGGCGAGAAAAGGUAAUUCCACUGGAAGUUAUCCGGGCUGCGAAUUACGCCACACGCGAUGUCCUUCUUGCCGCCAAGGCACCCAGUGCCAAAGCGCACUUUGGGUGGUUUAUGUACAUUAACGGUAAAGAGCUGCUCUUCUGUUGCGAGGACAACAGUGCACGGGAGGAGUGGGUCACAUUUAUCCUCGCCAUGCUUCGGUUCAUGAGCGGACUGGCGAAUCCUGCGCCUCUCUCGGCAAGGGGUGAAGGAAUUAAAACAAUUUCUUCGUUAAUUGCCAUGCAUAAUGAAGAAAAACGGAAAGUCGCUGCAGAGGGUUCUCUAGCUACUCCUAUAAACUCCUCAAACACAGUGAAUCCAUUGGGGUCAGAUGGUCACACGGAGGCCUCUUCACGGCUCCUUGGAGAAAAGAUGCCAAAUGAAUCAAAAACACUUGUAGGAAGCGAGGAUGAAGAAGACACUGAAACGACGGGAAACCUACUUUCCUCUGGAAACAUGGAUGACAUCGUCGAUACUGUUAUGAGCGAUGAAGAUGGGAAUGCCACUCACGUCACACAUUCUCCUCUUAGGACAGAUGUGAUACAAGGUGAGAAUUCGGUAGACAUGCACGCUCUUGUCCUGUUACCCAUCGCCGGCCAGCGCUAUUCACAUAUUGAGUACAAGCUAGAGUCUCUGGCAGAGCAUUUUAAAGCCGGCGAUAAUGUUCAAAAUGUUGUUUUUUCUCGAUCUGUGGAAAAGAUUGGAAAACGCGACACGGUGCAAGACCGGGAUCUCUUCCUGACACCACAGUAUUUGUACUUGUUUGCUCAAAACAAACUGACUGGUGGUGUUUAUGCACGGUGUAUUGAAACAAGCCAGAUUACCGGUGUCAUUGAGAGCACGGCAGAGGAAAAUCUCUUGUCCAUUAUUAUCCCGUUUUUUCACGAUAUUCUUAUUCGGUUUCACAGGCAAAACUCACGUGUUGGUGGCACGGAGGCGGAUGUUAAAAUUCAGUUUAUUGCACACUUGUAUCAGAUUCAUUUGAAUCAUCAAACAGGACGACGUUUUCUUUUUCGUGAAGUAGAGAAUAUAAAGGCGGUCAUACGGCGUAGUGUGGAGGAACCCCACCUGCCGCUGAUGUCAUACCCAGAAGACCGCAUGCGGGUUGGGACAAACAAGGAACUUUUCCCAUUGCUUCGGACCCACGCCGAGUCCGUUGUGUUUUGGUCCUCCAUGGUCACGCGUGUGAAGGAAGAUCGUCGCUUGCAGCUCCGCGCUCUUGCUAUCACUGACGGAGCCAUUUACCUUCUUAGUGAUACAUUAGUCAAAGUCACUCGUCGUAUUCCGCUAGUGGACGUACAAGAUGUGCAAUUUGACAGAGACUCGCAGACGAUUCUUCUUCAUUGCACAGAGAUAGACGCCCUUUUUACGGUUCAGUCUAGUACGGAGUUUAUACGUAUUAUUGCCUUGGUACCAGAAGUGGUUAUGCAGUGCUGCGGCGUUAAAAUGGCCGCCACCGCGUCGAAGCACUUGUACUCCAAUGUUCGACUUGGAGAGGUGGGGAAACUGAAGGACUCACUCGGUUUUUCAUCGCCUACUGCUAACUUCAUGCGGCACAUGAAUCUGCCUUCGCGGGUGUUGUCAUCCAUGCAUCCAGUGCGUUUCAAGACGUACUUUGGCAAGCAACAACAAAUUGAAGGCACCGAGGCAGCCGGAGUCCAUAACACGGAUGGCGUACGAGAAAUGCUCUUCAGGAAGAGACCCGGAAGUCGCGCCUACUUGGCACGCUAUCGCUUUGUCGAGGAACUUAUUGUGAAUUUUGAGGAAGAGUUAAACAUACUUUCAAACACUCCAUCUUUCUCGGCGGAUGGAUUGGCUCUUAAUGGAGCCCUCUCAACGGACUUUGACUUGGGGCCGAUCCAUUAUUCCUCAAUGUGUAUUCAGCUAGACGUGAAGUCAAUUUCUACCGGCAUCAUAUUAAACGGCAGAGUGUUAAGUAAAAAUGGUAGUCGGCGCGUCGUUUGCGUAUCCGCAAGAGGGAUUUUAUUGCUGCAUUACAAUGACGAAUUGGGAAAGCUGCGUAAAGCCUUUAAGGGACUACUGCUGGGCCGGAAAGGCACGAGUGGCUCAGAUGCGAUGCCAACCGAUAGCUUUGGUACAAAUGAUCCUCGAGUUGUUGUAUUCCUUUCAUGGCCUGAUGUUGUCGGCCUUGUCCGAUGUUAUCCGGGGCAUGGGACCGUUAUCGGCAUUAUGACCGGUUCUGGUCACUCAUGCGACUAUAUGCUGGAUGUUGAAAAUGACCUUAAUGUAGACACCUUCCUCCGUUGCUCUGCAGGGAGUUACGUUCAACAGAACCGCCGUUCCCUACACUCCUAUGAGGUGCUCUCACUUUUCACCGCCCCUCACGUUGAGAAUGUGCGUAAUGCGUUGAAAACCACCGUAUUUGACCCGAGGCCCACCAUUGCACUUCGGCGCCCAAUAAAAUACUAUGUGAGCGAUGAGCUACAUCUUGCAGUUGUGCCCGAUAUUGCGGAAGCUUGUCGUCGAUUUGGGGACAAUACGAUUUACUUUUCAGGUGUGGCAUGGCGCUACCGGGCCGCCGCACUCACCAAGAAGAAGAAGAAGGAAAAAAUGACAGGGCUGGAAACGAGGGAUGUGAAUUCAUCCACUUGGGCAACACACAAGUCUUUCAUCAUUGUGAUCACAAACUGUGCUAUUUACUGGUGCACAGAUGGCGGUUUUGAGAUCUUACGGCGCACAGAGCUGCUCGCACUGAAAGAAGUGUAUUUGAGCCCCGCAGAGCCGGAUGCUUUGUUGAUCACGGUUCCAAAGGAGUACGACAUGUACUUUUGCAUCGACGGUCGAGGAAAAGAGUUCCUUGCCCAGCUGCAAGAAGCGUACGCGGCGUGGACAGAUUAUCAUCGAUGCCUUCCCCACGAACCACGGGGUUGUUGUCACAAUCUUCCCUAUGCUGGGCUACCAACAAAGGUUGUGUCCUGUCUUGCUUCCAUGGGCCGAUUGAAAAAGCCACCUCACUUUGACGAGAUGCAAGUAAACCGCAGUGCGGAAGAAACGAGGGCAAGGAUAGAGCUCCUGCAGCGCCGUUACCUUGCGGCUGCCAUCUCCAAGCACGAGGUUGCCUUGGAGACGGCAUCCAAGCGACAACUCUCAGGGGGAAGGAAUGAAAAUCCCGCGGAUGCAGGCAGAGUCUCGUGGGCUAAGGUGUACAAGAGCCUCAAUGCCACAAGGACGAUACUGGAAUUUGCACACAGGAGGGCCUAUUUGUUUUCUCUUCGAAGUAGCACGCAUCAAGAGAUGGAGCAAGCACAAAUGCUUCUAUAUGAGUUUAACACCAUGAAGGAUCUCGUGGAAAGGAUGAAGCAGGCGACGAGUACUGAAGAUUUAGCCAUGUAUGAGGCGGCGGCGGAAGAAGCAAAGAAAUAUCCUCCACUCCUACACUUUUUGGAAGAACACCGCGAGGUGCAUGAAAGGCUGACAAAAAGGAGUGUUGUUCUUGAGAAUAUUACUGGAGUCAUCAAUAAUGAAAUGCAUCCGUCAUUAAAAGAGGUGGAGGAAAAACUUCAGACGUUGUUUGUAGCAGCGAUGGAGAGCGGUGUUCCGUCCAACGUUUUGGACGAGCUGCGCCGUCGCGUGGAUCUUCGAGCUCAGCAAGAGCAGUUUACGGCCCAGUUGCAAAUGCACGAAAUGGCCGUUUCCGCCGGAGGUGAAAUAAAACCGCCCGAAAGGGUAUUGCUGCUGCUGACCGAGGCGGCUCGUCAACUUGAAAUCCCCGUUUCAGCUGUCGAAACGGCGCUUCUGGGAGUUCCACCUGCUUUAGCUCGCGGUGAGGGCAGAAAGCAGGCGCAACAGGUACAGUUGCAACAGCAACAACUGGAGCAGGAUAUGAGAAAGGUGAUUCUGGCGACAUGUGAUGCUAUUGAUGUGGCGGUAUACUUGGGCAAUGUCGCUCUGCUUCAAGAUGUGUUGCGGUUUGCGGAGAAAUAUGCCUUUGAUGAUGUGAAAAAACGGGUCCAGUGGGGGUGGGAGCAGAUCGCCAUGCGUCGCGAGCACCGGGCAAACCAUCACAUGCCACAUCGUCUCAUCCAGCAUAUCGUCACUCGCCGAGCCUCCCAGGAUUGGAGCGCCGAAGAGGUCCGCGAGUUGCGUGACGCAUGUAAAGAGGCGCUGGAGCAUCUACCCAUGGAUGUCCCAUUAAUGCAGCGGGAUUGUCAACUGAUGCAGUUACAACUACGCCUUCUCGAAGAAGAGGAGCACCGUCUCAUUUUGCGGGACUCUUUACAGAAGCAGGCUAAAAAGGACUGGGACCGCUACAAGGAAGAGUUGCAAAAAAAGGAGGAGGAUGAAAGAAAUGCCACACAAGAGCGGGAACGUCGGCAGGCGGAAGUGAUUGGACGGCGACGUAUGGAAUACUUGUCAAUCUGGCAGUGUCGUACACAAAAGUUGUGUGCAUCACUACGUGAGAGUAUCCGUUUGAGUAAUGUAGCGGAUGUGCGGAGGUGCAUACGGCAGUGUAUCUUUUUUCAAGAGGAAAUCCAUGAUGGGCUUUUAAACUACAAGUGUCGUAUUUAUGAACGAGAAGUGCAGCAGAUGAGAGAGGAAAUUCUUGCCGAUCUCAAGACGGCUGCAACGCGUGGUCAAGCAUUUCUGAUAGGCCAUGAAAGAGAGAAUCAAAUGCAUACCCCCAAUGCCUCCAUUAAUAGCAGCGCAGAAGCAGCUGUUACCGAAAACGUGGAAGGUGAAGAGGUGGGAGAAGGAGGGAUGGCAGAGAGUGCGGUACCACCAGAACUGUUGGUGUUGAUCGAGGCGUAUAAACCGAAGGAACUGGUGGAGUAUGUGCGCUCUCACGCAUCUGAGCUGACGGCAGAAGCCAUUUUCCAAAUAAAAGAGCUAUGGUCAGCGUCUCGCGAACGGCAUCAGUGGGUUGAUAAACUGCAUCGUGCCAUUCACACAGCUUUUGCGUUAAAAAAUCAUGAGUUGCUUCAGACGCAAAUCGAUUUGGCAAAGUCGGCUGGUUACAUGGAUGAAGUUGUAGAAGGCGCCAUUGAAGUUGUCUCAGCGAUGGGUGCUCAACAAAAUACGACGUCAAGAUCCGGGAGUGGUAGCAGGAGUAGUUCUCCUGAUGUGAAAUUGAACGAGGCACAUGAUGAGGCGUCUAGUGUGUUUAAUCUUUCUCGCACGUAUGACGCUCGCUCAAGUGAUGCAGCGGAACGUGUCAUGGGGCAACUGCACUACACAACCCUGGAGUUACUUCUGCCUAUUGAAAAGGUUUCUUUCGUGUCGGGUGCCCGGUUGCAGGAGAAGCGUCAAAAACAAAUGAUGGAUAUUGUCCAGUUAUGGCAUGAAGUGUUUCAUCAUCGUUUAAAGCCGUUAGGAAGUGUGUUCCGCCGGAGAGAACGUGACUGUUUUGACUUUCUACAAUUUGUCAGUCAAUACAACGUUUCAGGGGAUUAUCUAGCCCCCUAUAUAAACCGUCUGUUGAGCGAUUUUGAGCGUGUCAAGAAGUACAACGUCACCCAAGGGCGGAGCAGCAGCUUCCUUUUCAUUGCAUACAUGUUCCAAAGGAAGCUAUUUGAGCGUAUCGUGUAUGAGAUUGCCCAGCUUGGGCCAAAGGUGCGAAACGAGGUUCUCUUUGAGGAUGCGUUGCUCAACAAAAGCAUCUGUGAUUUGUUGGUGCUGGCUCGUAUGGGGGAACAGAUGGAGUGGCCGUUGAUGGUGAUUGAGGCCCCGGAUGGGUCCGCCGCGCAUAACAACAACUUGUUGACGCUGAUGCUUGGCGUUGAGGAGUUUGUUGCGGAUGGAAAGCAACAGGACAUGUGCGAUGUGUCUCGAGCGGCGGCCAUGCGAAAUUGCGCGAAUUUGCUGCGAUCCGCUACUCGUGUCUUAUCGAACUACUUUGCGAGGGGGCUUGCAACACUGGGUGUUUGUCCCUCCGUGAAGGAUGCCCGUGCGCUAUUCGACGAGGGGUUAAAUAAAGAAAUUGGUCUUAUCGCACACGAGUACAUUAUUCCCGCCGCGAUGGCUCUUCUUCACGCAGGGUUUCGCCCCACAUACCAUCUUGUACGCACCCGCCGUGUGUGGGAUGCCGUGUUGGAGUUUGGUGAGAGUCUGCAGCAGGGCUCCAGGAAGCUGAGUGGCAUGUCUGUUUUUGGCGUUAUCCAACUCGUGGAGGCCCUCACAGACGUGACGGGUCGAAAGCGCACGGCACUUUUGCGUCUUAGUGAAGAUGAACUGGCAAACAUGCGGCUACAGAUGUUUUUAACUGAAUGUCUAAAUCGCAAUGUGCUUGCCGCCUUCUUGCAGAUAUUCUUUCAGAGCGAGGAGGGCACAACCUGCUGGGCGAACGAAGACGGGGUGUGGAAUUUCUACGAGCGCGAUCGCACUGUGUGCUACCCGCCGGAGGAUGAGGGAACGAAGGAGCUGAUGGAGGUUGUUACCCGGCUUUCAGAGUUGCCGUUUGUUUUGGUUGUUGAUCGAGAUCUGUGGUAA